CAAAUACAGGAAGCCCUUAACAAUUCUGUGGAGCGGCGUGAGGAAAGUUAGAUUUCCUCUCUGUAUUUUUGAUAGGUUUGAUUUGCUUGGAAUGUGCAAGGUGUAAUGAUCUGCACUGCUUACCUGCAGCUCUUGCUUGGAGACCUUCCUUAGCAGCGUUUUCAUUCUGAGGACAAAAGCAAGCCAAAGGAUAAGAAGAACUGCAGCUUUGGGCUGUUGAAGUUGUUUGGUCAUUGCCAUCGGGAUGCAAUUGGAAUGAAUAUAUUUACCUCUUUUAGUUAACCCAGCAACAUGGUGUAUCUAAUUUUGUUCCUGACAGUUAGGGCUGGUUUCUGGCCAGUAUGAAGUCCGCAAGGAGCACGUGAGAAAGGCUGUCACUGCUGCCUUGUGCACCUGGGCCUGCAUUAGGCCUUGUCACAGGUAUUACAGCCAUGGCUUUGGACCUCCCAGCCCGAGCUGUCCUCACACCGGCAACCCCAGCUCCAUCAUGUGCCUGGCUUGCUCUGUUACAAUUGGUGCAGGGACAGGCGUCCUCCUUGCGCCUUGUCAGGGUAUGCAAGGCACUCACACUGCUCAAAUGUGGAGUGGUUCCUGUAGGAGCUCUUGUGUCUCCCCUCCCUCCCUGGAGGUUUUCAGGAACCAUGGAGAUGUGGCACUGAGUGACUUAGUGGCUUUGUGGUAUGGUGGGGACGAGUUGGUGGUUGGACUUCAGAGGUCUUUUCUAACCUUAACGAUUCUAUGGUCCUUCAGCCAUCCACCUUUCAGUAUAGACACGACCCAGGUGGCCUUUCCAGCUACCUGCUGUAACCAAUGAUUACUUUAGGGAGAUGGAUGUGCUGUACAAAUUUCUAUCCCCGCUCUGCUUGAUGACAGUUUCUCCUAACCAUUAAGUCUCCCGUCCUUGCGUGGAGGAGUCUCCCCCUGAAUUUUAUGUAAUCCAUUUACUCAAGAUAUACACGUUUUGUAAGAUAUAUAUAUGCGUGUGUGUAAAGCUGAAAGGUGCUUCAACAAGCAGGUGGGAAGUUGGAUGUUGGGUCUUGUUUGAUCUGUAAUCUAGGACAAAAUGUUGAUAAAUAUGUUUUACUAAUGUAAUGAGCACUUUAAGGCUCAUCACUUAAUGUAUUUUAAUAACUGUGGUGGCAGCCAGAACUUGCUGCUGGAUGAAGUGCUCUCUGGAGACCAUGUAGAAAAGCUGGGCAGAGGUGUUGAGUCAGGAAAGUGUGAGUGAGUUCCCGUGCCGGGCUCUCAGGAAGCGCUGACAUGUCCCACACGCUCUGGGCCAUGCUGGGGUGUUACUGCUGCGACCAUGCUGAGCUCUUCAAUCCCUCCAAGCUCUGCUUCGGUUUCCGUGUCCUGUGUGACAUCACGGCACAGCAGUGUCACGCUGCGGGGGUUCUCCUUGAGGGGCCAUUCUGCUGCACCAGGAGCAGUCCGUCUAGGAUCUUUUCAUGAACGUCCUGGCUGCCAGCAGGAUUUAAAGUGGGAGGCAACUCAUGACCACUAAACUGUGACGGUUUUGAAUUCUCUUGCUUCUGGCUGUUUGGAAUAACCACUGGGCUGCUGUGGAGAUGAAUGGAGAGCAGCAGCAUGAUGCAGAUGCUGGUUCUGGUGUGGAAGACAUGGAAUUCAAUUGGGAUGAGUAUCUAGAAGACACAGGAGCAGUCGCAGCCCCUCAUGGGUCUUUUAAACAUGUGGAUACCAGUUUGCAGAAUGGUUUUACCCCUGGUAUGAAGCUAGAGGUUGCUGUCAAGUCUGACCAAAACACGUACUGGGUAGCCACCAUCAUUACUACCUGCGGACAGCUGCUCCUCUUGCGCUACGAUGGUUACGGGGAGGAUCGCAAGGCUGACUUCUGGUGUGAUAUCAUGACAGCUGACUUGCACCCCGUCGGCUGGUGUGAGCAGAACAAGAAGGUUCUCAAAGUGCCUGAAGGUAUCAAAGACAAGAUACCUGACCAGAAGGAAUUCCUUCAGCGAGUGCUGAAAGGAGCAUGCAGUGCCCCUGCUAACCUGCUGGAGGGGCUUCACAGAGGGAAAAAUCCAUUGGAUCUCAUUGCACCAGGCUCCCGACUAGAACUCCAAAACUCCCGGGAUGCCCUGGAGGCCUGGAUUGUCAAUGUGGUAGAAAAUGUUGGUGGGAGACUGAAGUUGCGAUAUGAAGGGCUGGAGGAUUCUGACAAAUUUGACCAGUGGAUAUUCUACUUGGACCCUUUCCUUCAUCAAGUGGGAUGGGCAACUCAAAAUAGAUAUAACCUGCAACCACCUUUAGCCAUUAGGUCUUUGAAAAGUGAAGCAGAUUGGCAAGAAAUCCUGAAGAAGGUAAAAGAGGAAGAAGAGGAUUCAUCAGUUCCUACAGAUCUCUUUAAGGAUAAACCUGUGAUUGGAGUGCAUUCAUUCUCUGAAGGCAUGAAGUUAGAAGCUGUGGACCCAAUGGCUCCUUUUGUAAUCUCUCCUGCCACGGUUCUCAAGGUAUACAAUGAAAAAUAUUUCAUGAUAGAAAUUGAUGACUUGAGACCAGAGCGUACAACCAGCCAGUCUUACAUUUGCCAUGUCAACAGCGCUGGUAUUUUCCCGGUGCAGUGGAGUCUGAAGAACGGCUUACAUCUCAGUCCCCCACCAGGUUAUCCUGGGCAGGACUUCGAUUGGGCGGACUACCUCAAACAGUGUGGUGCUGAGGCAGCUCCCCAGAGCUGCUUCCCUUUGUUAACUUCUGACCAUGGAUUUAAGGAGAAUAUGAAACUUGAGGCUGUGAACCCAGUUGAUCCUGAGGAAGUUUGCAUUGCUACAGUCACCAAGUUGAAAGAUUCCUACCUCUGGCUUCAGCUGGAGGGCUCCAAGAAGCCCAUCCCUGAUUGCAUAGUGAGUGUGGAAUCGAUGAAUAUAUUUCCAGUGGGCUGGUGUGAGACGAAUGGAUAUCAGCUCAGACCCCCUCGCAAAGCAAUAGUAAAUAAACAGAAAAAGAUUGCAGUAGUUCAACCAGAGAAACAAAUUUUGUCUUCAAGGACAGUUCAUGAUGGACUAAAGAACCAGGAACUAAACUCUUCAGAUUCAGUGGUAAUUAAUGGAAAGUACUGCUGCCCAAAGAUCUACUUCAACCACCGGUGCUUCUCAGGGCCUUACCUUAACAAGGGCAGGAUUGCAGAGCUUCCUCAGUCUGUGGGACCUGGGAACUGUGUUCUUGUUCUGAAAGAGGUUCUCACUUUAUUGAUCAAUGCAGCGUACAAACCCAGCCGUGUCCUGCGAGAGCUGCAGUUGGAUGAAGAUGCUGCAUGGCAUGGGCAUGGAGAGACCCUAAAAGCCAAGUACAAAGGGAAGAGCUACCGUGCAACUGUGGAAGUUGUGAGGACAGCAGAUCGGGUGGCAGAUUUCUGCAGGAAAACAUGCAUCAAGCUGGAAUGUUGUCCGAACCUCUUUGGUCCUCAGAUGGUGUUGGAUAAGUGUUCAGAGAACUGCUCCGUCCUGACAAAGACUAAAUACACACACUAUUAUGGAAAGCGGAAAAACAAGCGGAUAGGUAGGCCUCCGGGUGGCCACAGUAACUUGGAAGUAGCCAUGAAGAAACCAAAUAAAAGACGGAAGAGACGAAAACAUUUUUUUGUUCAUAAGAAAAAACGUUCUUCUACUUCAGUGGAUAACACUCCAGCUGGAUCUCCCCAGGGCAGUGGAGGAGAAGAGGAGGAUGACCAGGAUGAGGUAGAUGAAGAAUCUCUGACUGGGGAUAGUACAUCAGAGCAGCAAGAUGAAUUGCUUGAGGAAUCAGAAGUAUCAGAGAAAAAGUCACUGACAUCCUCUCCUACACAGAGUGAGCUGUCUCAUUCUCUGACUCAGGACCGAGACAAGCGGAAGAGGAAGUUUCGGACCUUUUCUUUUUCCGAUGAAGAAAACAAGCCUCCUUCGCCAAAGGAAAUAAAGAUUGAAGUUGCUGAAAAGCUGCAGCUGGACAGCAACCCUCUGGAAUGGAGCGUGGCUGACGUUGUGCGAUUCCUCAAAUCCACUGACUGUGCACCACUGGCGAGAAUUUUCCUCGACCAGGAAAUUGACGGCCAGGCACUGCUGCUGCUGACCCUGCCGACCGUUCAGGAGUGUAUGGACUUGAAACUUGGGCCAGCUAUUAAACUUUGCCAUCACAUUGAAAGGGUUAAACUUGCUUUUUACCAGCAGUUCGCUAACUGAGAAGCAGUCAAGUUGAAGUGAACCUUUGAAGCACAACCAUGCUCCUUUCUCUCUAUCAAGGAAAGCCAAAUAAAGCUGAACUGGCAACCUAGGAGCAUCAGUCAACCUCCGUUUUUCACUUUGAAGAAAAGACAACAUCUGGAGGAAAAUGCCAAUGCAAACACAGGGGCUACUCUACCAGCUGCCAGCUUGGGAACGCAAUAGUCUCUUGCUCUAUGGUUCCCUUUUUUUAAUGUAUUUUUUAUUGAUUACAGAAAAGUCUCCUCUGGUGGGAAGUGACAUUUCAAUAGUUCUGUUGGCACAGAACUUUAAAAGGAGAAACGGAUCCUGUUUACGUUCGCAUGCAGGCUGCCAGAAAUAACCUUUCUGUAUUCCUGGUGAUUCACAGAAUCUCCAUCCCUCCCCAUGGACGGACACUUGCUUUACCACAGCACUGGCUUUGGAAUGUGCUUGUUGCACAUUCGUUUGUUGAGUAUUUUGAUGAAUUUGUUCAUUGUUAGGACAGCAAUGUGACCACAAGGUUCUGAAUGUACAGUAUAGCAAGAGUGUGAUUUGUUUCUUGUUCUGUUUAGGGUUGUUUUGUCUUUGUUGUUGGGUUUUUGUCUUUUUUUUUGUUUUUACUACCUCUGUGGCCUGAACAGUAGAAAUGGUGAACUAAAAAGGGAGGGAACUACUUCUGGAAAAUUCAUAGGUAGCUGCACAGCAGUCUCUCUUCUGUAGGCAUGUCAGAAAUACAAAGCAGUAUAAGCAUAUAGAGCUUCUGUUCCAGAGCUUUAGCAGGAACCUGUGCAGGCUUAACUUGGGUGUUACCUUAUUCUCAGAUGUCAGAAAACAAUUAUUUUGCACUUCUCUGGCAGAUAGGCUAUGGGGAAAAAAAAAAAAGGGAAGGAAAGAGAAAGAGAAAGUGCCUCUGCAUUUUCUUUAUUUUAGUUUUCAGAUAAAGGAUAUUCUCUUUAUUUUGCCCUUUAGAAUUCUGUGAAGUUGUUUCCCUUGUCUUAAAGAACUGGGCCAUGUAACCGUGCCUGCCAGAAGCAUUUUUUCUUUGUUACCUGUAAGACUUCUUGGAGAAUACACUAAGAAAACUGCAAUCAGUGAGGACUGCAACAUAGCUCUGCCAGUGUUUGCAUAAUGGAAACUAUCUUAAGAACAUGACUUUGUAUUUUUACCUACUUUCAGCUUCUCAGGAUCAGACUUGACGAUGAUGUGGGGGUUUGGGAAGGGCUUUUUGUGUUUUUUCUAGAGAAAAGAAAAAAGACCUGAGGGGCAUCUAGUUUCAUCAGUAGACCCACAGUAGGAUGAACUGCUGAUUUUAAUUUUCAGGCAUUAAGCCCAAUCAGCCACUUGCUGUGGUCCUGUGCUUCACGCUUGAAGUAACACUGCUUAUCUUACUUUCCAUUAAAGAUGUGGGAAAUUUGCAUCAGGCUUGAGAUCUGCUUCACAUAAGGAUUAAGUUUCUGAUGCUUUGCAUUCAUUUACUUUACCUGUUCUCACCAGUAUUUGGAGGAGUGUGGGCUGGAGCUUUGUGAAAUCAGGAAGUGUGCAGCCCUGGUCCUUUCUCCUGUUCAUUUACCUUUUCACAGAAAGACCCUGGCAUACUAAGACAUUUGAGGUAGAAAGGUGCUUACUGCAGGGAUUUCUUUAGGAAAGACGCAUUUGCUAGUUUCCAUGUGGUUACUCUGAUCAGCAGAUGAAUUCAAGCUUCUCUAAGGCUUAACAUGAUAGGUUAUUCUGGUGUUGGGAGCUGGAGAUUCACUGAAGAGAUCAUCUUUAAACUUAGAGCUGAGUUUGCACAGUCUGUCUGUAUCCACCACACAUGCUGAGGGGAGUGACAACCAAUGAAAACUGUUUCGAGUAAGCAAAGCUACAUGACUCAUUUUGAUUUCUUUUGCUGUGAGCCCCUUAGAAUAACUACCUCAUCAAGGCAGAACUAUUUACAGAAGUGCUAAAAUCAGAAUUUUUUUUUCCAUGCCAGAGUCAAAAUGUCAAUGUCAGACAGUAUACUAGCUCAGUAUUUUUGAAUGAGAGGGCAGGCAGUGUGUCAUUAGUUUUUCUUCCCAGAUUAUAAGCAGAGUCUGAAAACAAAGUUAAACUGAAAACAAAGUGUCACUUUUUCUUCCCUGCACCACGUAUAUGACCAAUAAAAGGAUGUCUUGGCUCAUGUAAUCCUCCUGUACCCCGUUCCCUUAGUGCAAGCUCAGUGAGAAGCAGUUAUGCCUGAAAAGUUUUGUUUUUUUUUUUUUUGUUUGUUUGUUUGUUUUUGUUGAAAGAAACCUUGUUUCUUUGCUAUCUUGAGAAAUUUGACCAACAGAAAACUUCUGGGCAGGAAGAUGAUGCUUUUGGAUCAUAUUUGCCAUUCUUCAGGGAUUCCAGAAUUCUCUUGCGUUGUUAAAGAAGCUGGUACCCAGCAGAUUUAUUUGCAUAGGCAAGAGAUGUUAAUUCCAGAUAGAUGUCUUUCUGAGUAGCUGUCAGGAGAGAACAGACCUUAAAGGAUAACUUAGUCAACCUCUUAACAUGGCACCAGGGUUUAAAUACAAAAGUCAUACUUGUUUCUAUUCAGCAAAUUAAACAGUCAAUUUCAGAGGUUAGUGGGGGACUUACUGGUCACCUUUGGCAUGUCUUAUAGGCUGGAUUUUUCUGCCUUGUUUUGGGAGGCACUGACAGUCUGGUCCCAAUGGGAUCUGUUUUUGUUGUGAUUUUCAAAAGGGAUGUUUUCAUUAUUUCUGAAAUGUUUUUAUGCUGCACACAGGUACUGUACACUCUGUUUCCUGGAAGAAGAUGCACUCUUUUACUGCUGGAUUUUAAAAGGGAUAAUUGGGGCUUAAUCUUGAUGGGUGGUGUUUCUAUACAACUGUUUCAAGUUUGUCUUUCUCUGUGUGUGGCAGAUAACACAACCACACUUAUAUUUGUUCAUCUUGCAGCAGUAUGACUUAAAUCAGCACACAUGCUGCUUUAGUUGUUCUCUUUCUUCAAAACUGGGUUUUUGGGUAGCUCGAUGCCCGAAUCCUUGGCUUCAGGAUUAUAUUUGUGUUUUACCAGCAAGAAUUGCUGGGACUUCAGAAAUUCAAUUUCGCUUCAGAGGUUUGUGCUGUCCUCUACUGUUUCCAUUCAUCACAAAACAUGACAAAGCUGAAGUCCAGGAGGAAGGCAGUAGUAUCUUGCAAAUGGCUUCAUUACAAUGAAAUGAGCCCUCUACUGGGCCUCGUGUACUGUUAAUAUGGAUGGUAAAAGGAGAUGCUACUUAACUGACCCAUUGAUGGCUUAUACUCUUGUCUGUCUGUCUCUUUUGUAUGCAUCAUACAGCCUUGGUUUGCACAUCAUAGCUUUAGAAACCUGGUGGUGCCUCUGCCUGGCUCUCAUACUAUGAUAAGCUUAGCCUCACUGGGCAGCAAUAUUUCGCUGUUGAGUUACUGCAGUGCGCAGAAUCAACACAAGCAACCCAUAAGAGAAAUACCUGACCUCUAAAAAUGUCAUGCAAGGUUAAUGUAGUAGAAUGAUCCCCAAAGGCAUGAGGAGCUUGCUGUUCACCUUAAGCUGAAAGUGACCCUUCCAGAAGAGGAAAGGUGCAGCACUAAGCCCUUCUGCAAGUUGCUCUUUGAGAAAGAAAGAACGAAAAGGAAAUUUGUUUGUGUGUGAUGUAGAACACUGAGGAUGUUUGAAGUCUCUUCUGGGAUUAAUGGAAACAGUACAGAGUUCAGAGUGGUUAGGAUUACUUUCUUCUGUCAGAACUUUCAGCAUUAUUUUGUUGUUGCUUUAAACUUUGCUAGGGUUUAUUCUUGAUUCUGACGAUGCUUUAAAGGAGGGAGUAUUAAGCUGCUAAGUCCACAAAAGUGUAAAUGUAUUUACAGUAGAUUGGACUGAGCACUCCAUUCUUAUGUAUAAAGUACAAAAAUGUGGCAAAAAGAGAGGUGGCUUGGGAGAUUUUUGAAUGUGAAUAAAUAGGCUUCAAAACUGUCAAGCUCAGAUUGGAGACUGAAUACUUUUGAACCAAACCAGUUGCUAGGGGAGAGGUUCUUAGAUGAAGUAGCCUUACCAGAAUGCCAAAAAUAUGACGAUUCUAUAUAAAGCUACUCCUUAAACCAGUCUGUCACAUGGUGGCAGACUGGUAACUGCCUACUGUGAGCUCAAAUUAUCGAAAAAUAAGCAAGCACAAAGACAUAGGCGCUGUCAGGAGACUUCAGAUGUUGGCUGAAGGCUCCAUUUUAAUGGGAUUGUGUGCUGAACCACCUUUCAGAAUGCUGCUGAACUUGCCCAAGCAUGCAUAUAGCCUUGUUUUCAAAGGCAGCCUUAUGGGUGAAGGAUUGCAAGGGGACUUGGGAACAUCUGAUACAGCAAGCCUCUCUACUGUUGUAUGUUUUUGUUGUUGUUGUUGUUUGUUUUUUUUUAAUGAUGAUAAUAAUCUGUAUGAAAUGUAGUGAAAACAACUUACAUUUAGUGGCACUUUGUCUCCAUGGUCAUUUCUAGCUUCUUCAGAGUUGCAUCUCUUGUCCCAAAAUGCACCAGACAAUAAAGAUGGAUUUUUUGAUGGGAAGAUGAAGUUCCCGUUAGGUGCAAAGCCAUCAGUGUCUGGCUCAGCUUUAAGCCAUGGGAGUGAGCAGGUCUUGCACUGACAAAACUCAGCCUGAUGGCACAACGGUGGGCACGCGGCCUGCAGAAGUCCUCCAGCAUUGCACAGUUCAAGAGGAACAGGCCUGCUGCUUGAGUCAUGCUCAACUUGUGUGAAUGAACAAUGAGUUCUGGGCACAAAUGGUUCUUGCCCACUCCCAAAAGUUGUUGAACACCAGUUUCCAAGAAACCUUGUGGAAAAAUAAUAUUUCUGGAGGCAUCAUGUUUCUCCACUCGUCUUUGAUUCCUUUUAUUAUUAUUUCUGUUUAAAAUAAAUUAAAUAAUCUUUGUAGACAAUCAGAGGCCUUUGGGGAGACUUUGCCCUAAGGGGUACCUGCUCUCCACGUGUGGGCUUGUUUCUUAUACUAACUCAUUGGAACUGAUGCACUUUUCCUGUAUUUUGCCUUUUUUAAUUAGCUGCUUAUUCUUAAACAAAGAUUUAAAUGCAUAUUGUGUUGUGUCCCUUCUACUUCUUUUUUUAUCCUUCUUUAACUUUUAAAUAUAUAUAUAUAUAUGCAGUGAGACUGAAGUACUAAAUGGAAGAGAAACAUGAACCAAGAAAAUAUGCGUAUUAAGUCCCACCAUUGUUUGAGCAGGUGUAACAAUUUAAUCAGAGAAUUUUUUAAAAAAUAUUUUGGAUGGAUAUUUUGCUUGUUUUGUCUGUAAAUAAUGUACAUAAGUUUGUGGUAUAUGACGGUUUAAAGUGGUUGUAAGAAAAAUUAAAAAAAAGAAACUGUUAUUGGUGUAGUUGUUAAUGCACCAAAGAA